CUGCGACAACGCCAGGGAAGAUCGUUGCGGUUUCAGUUAAGAAAAUUUCAGUGAAAAGAUCCGAGAAAAUGUUUUUCGAUUUGAUUUUGCUAAAUCGCCAACAUAGGGGCCGCUUUGGACUUGCGUGGCUGGCCGCGACGCGAGGCGUCAGACACUUAACCAAAAGAGAUGUUUUAGAAGUGGACUUGACAAAAUUAUGUGACGAUAUAAUGGAGUUUGUGUGCUCCGAGUCCGACUCUCCUAAUGCGCGAUUUUCGCUUCGUCUUUCGACACUGCUGGUCAAUGGGACGCUGAAAAUUUACAGACAAAAGGCAGUGUUUCUAAUUGAUGAAGUAGUCAAAGUUUUAUCAACUGUGUCGAUGCCAAUGCUUCCACUUCCACAACUGGAACGGACAGGCGGAGUAUUUGAAAGUCAGCCAACUCCUAUUCCGAGGAAAAAAGGAACAAAAAGGCGCCGUUCUGGUGAGGAGAGCACUCCUCAAAGUGAAAUUGAAAAAUUCGUGGCCCAGCUUCUAGGCGAGGAAAAAGGCCAAGUCGAGCUUGCAUUGCCAUCCGUGGAGGAAGAAUUAGGGGUUUUCCAAGCACGUGCUGAUGAAAUCACUUUGAGAGAAACCCAGAUUCAACCACGAUCACAAGAGCUUAUUUUCGAGGAAGAUCUUGGGAUUUUAGGGGUUGCACCAACUGAAGUAGAGGGAUUGCGCGAUGUUGCACAUCCAGCCAAAGAACUUUUUCCGCCACUACCCGGCGAAGAAGUGCAAGAACCAGAAAUGGUACCUUUGGUUCCACACGAAGAACCUCCAGCACCUAGAGAAAAACGCCGUCGAAGACUUUCUUCAAGUCCCCCAUCCGAACCGGAAACAGGACCUAUAGUAUUGACCGUGCAAGCUAUGGUUCACCAAUCUGCAGGUGUUGAAGCGGAAGCGGAACCAAGACGCAGACCAAGUCCUGUGGUUAUUCAACCUCCUGAAGAAAUCAUUAGCGAAGUACAAGUUCCAGCUGAAAUCGCGGUCCCGAAAAGGCGUUCUCUGAAAGAAUUGCAAAGGGAUGUUGUCGAAGAAAGGGAUGCCAAAAUUCAGCCACCAAAGGAUAGAAAAAAGAAGAAAAUGGAUAAAAAUAAUAUUCUCUCUAUACCAAAACCUACGAGAUUCGUGACAAUUGAGCGUCCUGAAACGGGAGAUUUUGAACCUCCUGAACCCCCAUUCCAAACAAGAAAAGAGUUUAAUUUAACGAAACUUUUAAACCUUUAUGUAGUAAUCGGCGAACAAGGAGAAAUUGUUCGGACAGCAACAACUCCUCGCGAUUCUACACCCUUGCAGAAAAAAUCAAUUGGUGAAACACCACCAGCGCAAAUUUCGGCCAUUGCGCGUACUAUUCCUCCAAUCUUGGAGGAACACUUCGAACAAAUGACGAUCGUUGAAACUCCGCAGCAACCAAUGGAAACUGCUUUGGCACCUCCUCAACCGAUAUUAACGUCGACGCCGGUCGUAGCAAAGUCGUCGCUACUCGAAAUAGAGCAAACUAUUGAACAAGUGAUGGCUGUAGCGGCCGAAGAUCAGUUGGUAUCGCCGCGCAAACGUCGCAGACUUAUUGACGUGGAGCCGACGGUUUUGAAAGAUCUCGCUUAUAUAACGUUGCCGAGUGAAUUGCAGUCACGUGAAUUAACCGGUUCGGUUUUAACGCUUCAACAAGAGGCUAUCGAAUCGGUUGUUUUACCGGUUACAACCGUCGAAGGUCGUCACCAAGAUAUCGUAAACAAAGUUCUGGUUAGCGGACGAUUGACGCUCGAAGAGUUAUGUCAACAACCUGUCAAUAGAUUACAUAUCGCACGUGCUUUUAGUGAUGUUCUCGUUUUGUCUAGACACGGUUACGUGACAUUGACGAGCGAAGAGACGUCGACGGAGCUUAAAUUUGUUGAAAGAGGACCGAAAAUGAAAUGAUUCGCUGAAUUUUAAACACGGGAAACGGUUUUCAUUAAUUUAUUUUUUUGUAGGUUAAGAUUUAAAUAUUCAGAUGUUCAUUUAUUUGUGUUAUGUUCGGUUGUUUGUAGUUCAAAGUUUAUAAACAUUUUCUCUUAACACAUCUUUUUUUUUUUAAUAAGUUAGUAAAAUAUCGUUAGAUUUUUUAAAUAACAACCUACAAUGAAACUUUUUUUGACAAAGGCUAUGAUUGAAGAAAUGAAGAAUUACACCUAAAUAGAAUUCAUUAAAAAACUACAUUUUUACCAACGAUUACAUUUUUCAUAGUGCUGUCUGUUCUUUCACACAUUAUAAAUAAUACAGGGUGUUUCAGGACUCG